CGUCAUGAAAGUGUCGAAAAGCAAUGGGGAAACUUGGCUGCCAAUGUAAUAUCGUAUUGUGGCUUACAGGCCUCCAGCAUCCCCUCCCCACAGUCACUUUUACCGACCACUGCACAUGUCACAGCUGCCACUCCUGGGGCGGCCUGGGGGGUUGUCGGAGCAAUUAGCAAGCCUAUAAUAUCGGCCUUGCUAUCGCAUCCGCUUUCCUUUCCACAAGCCUGGCCCUUCUUUUUUUGUCGUGUCCCAAUCUCUGCCAGGGUUGCCAUAGACUUACUGGCAAGAUCGCAAUAACAUCCAGCCCGCACAAACCCAAUGUCGGAAGAUUCCAAGGAUGCUGACACAGAACGAUCACGUGGGAUCAAGAGAGUGAGACAGGCGUGUUCGAACUGCAGACGCAAGAAGGUCCGAUGUUCUGGUGAAAGGCCUUCCUGCUCCUUCUGCACAAGACUCGAUCAGGAAUGCCACUACCUGCGCGAGAACGUCUGGGAUGACUGGGAUCCAGUCGGUCAGGUUGUAGGAUCUUCGAGUGUCACAGAUGAGAAUCUUAUCGCACGGGUGACAUCUCUCGAAGCCAAACUGACCGAGCUAAGUCAUUUGAAUGCAUUUAUCCCUGCACUCACAAACGCGCUGGGUCAACGAAGCUCCAUCGAACAGCCUUCGCUGGCAGGAUUGAACGAUCUGUGGAAUGAGAGAUCACCACAUGCACACUCGAAUGAGACUACUAGUCCCAAACGAACACUCCAAUCGUCUUUUCAGGAACUGCCCCCAGCCUCAGUCCUUGAAGGCGCCUGUAAUACCUUCUUUCACUAUUGCCAUAAUCAGCCCUACACCUUCUUUCAUGAAGGCAACUUUCGUCAACGUCUGUUGAAUGGGGCAUGGCCGAGCUAUCUGCUUUUUGCUUUUCUAGCUUCUGCCAUGCGUUACUCGACGGACCCCUGGUUCGAUGGAAAACACGCCGCAGCUCUGGAAGAGUACGCAUCGAAUUCGUGGAAAUUGAUCGUCACGUCUGGAUGCGCCGUGGAAGAAGGUGCUGACACCGCAGUGGUACAAGCGAUCUCACUUCUGGCCAUCAUCGACUCUGCAGCCGGACGAAGACGCGCUGCUUGGGUGAAGAUCGGGCUGGCAGUUCGAAUCAGUCAAGACCUCCACCUCAUGAUGGAACCUGACGUGAAUCUUCCUCCGAUUGAACAAGAAGAGCGUCGGCGACUCUUCUGGUCAAUCUACCUGCUUGAUCGCUUUGUCUCCUGUUCAAAACAACGACCUCCUGCCAUCCUGGAUGCAGACUGUCAAGUGCAACUUCCUGGUGACGAGGCGGACUUUCGUCAAGGCAUCUACAAGAAGACCGAUACUCUGACAAUUCUGGGCACCGGUGCUAGUAGUGCCCAUUCUUCUUGUAAGCCAAGCCAAUUCGCGCUACUUGUCCUCAUGGUUUGCGUUCUGGGUCGGUGCGCACGAUAUAUGCUUGACAACCGCGAGGGCACCGAGGAGCGGGCUCCAUUCAACCCAUCGUCCGAAUAUGUGACGAUAUCCUCGGUACUUCUCUAUUAUGAGUCCUUCAUCGACAGUGGCAAUCCUGUCGAUCAGGCCGUCCGACAAGGCACGCAUAAGCAAGAUCUUCAGAUAGACCAGCAAAUGGUUGGCCAUGUGAUAUUCACUCGAGUAUUGUUUCACCUGUGCCAUUGCAUUCUCAACCAUCCGUUUCUUCUGCGGCAACGAGUGAUUUCGACGCCAGCAAAGACGCCCACGACUUGGUUGGCACGCUCACUGGAGACGGGAGUAGAGCAUGCUGGACUUCUGACAAAAGUCUUCCUCGACGCGAAAAAUAGUGGUUGCAUGGUGGCCGGUUCGUUUUACGGAUAUUGCUUGUUGAUUUCAGGCGCAAUACAUGCCCUGUACACGCACUCACAAGACUCCGAGUUGCAGCAGGAGUCGCUCGAGAACUUGGUCUGCGAUCUCGGCUACCUGGAUGAUAUUGCCAAAUACUGGAAGAACACUACAUUAAUAGCAUCGGGCCUGAGGACGUUCUGGUCCCACAGCGCUAAAUUCAGUGUUUUGCUCAGCUCCAAACCCUUGCUAUCUUCCUUCGGUGACUCAGAGCUUGACAUCCUCUGGACUUCGGUGGAUUAUGGUGUCAUGUCAGACCCCGACAAGUCCUUGUCGCAGAGCGUCGCGGCUUCAACCUCCUCACCCCUUGCAUGGGGCAUGUCGCCUUGGAAAGAGGGUAACGAUGUUGGAGAUCCUAUAACGGGGACGGACAACUGUCAUUUUCUACCCGAAUCGACGGUCAGUGAGAAUGCCCCAAGUCAUUCUUCGACCCAGACUCUAGGGCAUGCAAUGUCCAUCAGCAGCACACAACCCUUUCUCCAACUUAACACUAUCUUUCAGAGUCCCCAUGCCUACAUGGAUUUUGGCAUUAGCGAACAGUCUUCUUUAAGUCCAAACGGGGUUCAAACCUUCCCACAUACAUCAACACGAACGCAGUCUUUAAAAUAACGCAAAGUUGAGAGUCUCUACGCCUGAAGUCCUUUCCGCAGCUCCGUGCGCGGACACGCUCAGUGGGCAGAAACAGUCAUACAUACGAUCAGAAAAGUCGACAUAGCCGUCCGUCAUCCCAUGCUAGACUACCUACAGAUCUACUCGU